AUGCAUUUCCACACCUCCCUCAUCAUUGCAAUCCUCCCCCUCAUCUCAGGCGCGCCAACCAGUGUGCCAAAGCGCCAACUCGACGGUCUUCUCGGCUCAGGCACAUCUACAUCUAAUCUACCAGAUCUCGGAUCUCUCCUCGAUGGCAGUGGCACAAGUACAUCUUCCGGAAUCGGUUCCUUGGAGAGUGGAUUAUCAUCGCUGGGCUCCUUAGCCGGCGGAACGAGCACAUCUUCAGGACUUGCUUCUUUGCAGAGCGAGAUUUCAUCGCUUAUCGGUGGCGGGGGAGCAUCGUCGGGUGCGGAUGAAUUGAGCUCCUUGUUGGGCAGUCUGGCACGAAAGGAGAAGAAGGCUUAG